UUAAUCCAUUGCAGGUGGCGUACAUCCUGAUCAUUUGACAACAUUCGCCGUAUUUUCGUACAGAAAACAAACAUGUAAUAUACAUCCUCACUGAGAGCUUUGUGCCCAUUAACGAAGCAGAGUAGUUUGUGGCCAGUGUAGGCGAUGUAUUGGAGAUAUUAAGGUCAACAGAAGGAAAAAAAAGAAACGGCUAAUUUGCUGGUGGAAAUACAUUUGUGCGUUUUCGUGUGCCGUCGAACAUCCAUUUCGCUUCGUCUGUGAAAAUGAGUAUGGACAUGUAGCAAAGGUAGAGUUUUCUGUAAAAUAUCGUCGACUUUUUCCAUGUUUAAUAGUGUGCUGUGUGCUCCGAGAGGGAACCGAGGUCGCACACCCUGCAGGCCCUUACGGUGUGUUUGCUUUCUACUAAACAUUAGCAGUGUUUUGGGGGGAGGUUAACGUUAGUUUGCUAAAACAAGCCAGAGUAACGUUACGAUAAGAGUUUACACAGCACAGACGUAACGUUACAAUGAGUUUCUUUAGUUUUGGACAAAGUGCAGAAAUCGAUGUGGUCCUGAAUGACGCUGAAACGAGGAAGAAGGCUGAACACAAGACUGAAGAUGGAAAGAAAGACAAAUACUUUCUUUUCUAUGAUGGCGAAACUGUUAGUGGAAAGGUGAAUGUCACACUAAAGAACCCCGGGAAGAGGCUGGAGCACCAAGGGAUCAAAAUUGAAUUUGUUGGGCAGAUAGAGCUGUAUUACGACAGAGGAAACCACCAUGAGUUUGUGUCCCUGGUGAAAGAUCUUGCAAGACCGGGUGAAAUAACUCAGUCGCAGACCUUCGACUUUGAGUUCACUCAUGUUGAAAAACCUUAUGAGUCCUACACAGGCCAGAAUGUCAAGCUAAGAUAUUUUCUUCGAGCCACAGUGAUCAGAAGAUUAAAUGACAUCAGUAAAGAGAUGGACAUUGUGGUGCACACGUUGAGCACUUACCCAGAGCUCAACUCCUCCAUUAAAAUGGAAGUUGGAAUUGAGGAUUGUCUCCACAUUGAGUUUGAGUACAACAAAUCCAAGUACCAUCUGAAAGAUGUAAUUGUGGGAAAAAUCUAUUUUCUCCUGGUGAGGAUUAAGAUAAAGCACAUGGAGAUCGACAUCAUCAAACGCGAGACAACAGGCACCGGUCCAAGUGUAUACCAUGAAAAUGACACUAUCGCCAAGUACGAGAUCAUGGACGGUGCUCCUGUCAGGGGAGAGUCCAUUCCCAUCCGGUUAUUUCUGGCUGGUUAUGAUCUGACUCCCACCAUGCGAGACAUCAACAAGAAGUUCUCAGUGCGCUACUACCUAAACCUGGUGCUGAUCGAUGAGGAGGAGAGACGCUACUUCAAACAGCAGGAAAUCACACUGUGGAGGAAAGGGGACGUGGUGAGGAAGAGCAUGUCUCAUCAGGCCGCCAUCGCCUCUCAGAGGUUCGAGGGCUCGGCUGCUUCAGAGAGCGCGCUGGAGCAGGCUGCUAAGGAGGAGAGCGGGUAGAGCUGCAGCCCCUCCAAUCUCCUCUCAGAAAACUUCUCAGCGUCUGCGUUGGAGUGGUGGAGGUACCUGUCAACUGUACAACAUCUGGUGAAGCAGCUGUUUUAAUUGUAACCGCUGCUGGUAAAAGGGAGACCGACAUAUACAGUAUGUGAACAAUGAAACGGUUUGCAUGAGGCAUUCAAGGUGGCUUCAGGCUGCUGGUCUUUUCCCUUCAUCAUUAUUAAUAAUGUAUUUGUUUUCUUUCUUUCUGGAGAUCAAACUAACCACCCGUUGCGAUGUCUACUGUGUAAAAUCUUUCACGUGAAAUUGUUGAAUUUUUAAGCCCUCUGUUGGUUGCAUUCUAAUGCUUUUUGGGGAUAAAUUGAUUUCUAAUCUCUUAAUUAACGCAACUGAUCUAUCAUGAAUUUUCAACAAAAUGCAUCUCCAACAUUCCGCCUUUUAAUGAAUGCAUUCCUAACACUGUUAUAAGGUCAAGAUAUCUGAGAUAACUUUGCACUGCUGUAUCUUGCUCAACACAUUUUUCUCUUUGUAUGCAUUUGCACAACACUAGUGGAAACUGGAAUCUUUUUCCUUUUGGAGCGAGACUUUGCUUAAGUAUUAUCCCACACCUUUUUUAAAACUUGUAAAUAAGACCAGCUAAAACCUUUAAUUCUGUUACAUGUUACAGCUUGUGUACGUUGAUCAUAAAGUACACAGUGCCACAAAAUUACCUUUCAUGUUCAUAUGCUUUACCUCAGCAUUCCAGCGGUGUUAGGAAAGGGUGUUGUAUUAAGGUCUGAUAGUAUGAAGUCUUCUGUAUCCUCUUUAUUAGAGACUUGAAAGUUGUGCCUAAGUGUAUCAAGCUAACAUAAUUUUAGUCUUUUAACCAGAGAAACGUUACAGUAGAACUAUAUCUUUUGCAAAAUGCUAAUCGAUUAUUCCCUAUCCCCCAAACUGAAAUAAAUUGAUGCCAAAUGAAACAAAAA